CACGAGGUGGCGGGAGACGAGCGAGGAGCUUGUCGCGCACGUAGCUGGUGUCUAGCGGCGCAUCGGACGGGUGUUCAGCGCGUGUCACGGAUGCAUUAUUUUCUGGGGAGAAGUUCAGAUCUGUCAUUUCCAAAAAUUUGUAAUAUAUUUUUGCGGCUUCAUCAUACAACAACCUCACGAACAUGCAGCUGUAGUAAAACAAUUACUGAUGAAAAAUACAAGGACCCUUUUAAACUUGGUCGGAAAGACUUGAAGAAUCUGUAUGAGGAUAUUAAAAAGGAAUUACUUGUAUCUACAGCAGAACUUAAAGAAAUGUGUGAAUAUUACUUUGAUGGAAAAGGAAAAGCUUUUCGACCAAUGAUUGUGGUGCUAAUGGCAAGGGCGUGCAAUAUUCACCAUAAUAACUCCGGGGAGGUGCAAGAAAGCCAACGUUCUGUGGCCAUAAUUGCAGAGAUGAUCCAUACUGCAAGUCUAGUUCAUGAUGAUGUCAUUGAUGAUGCAAAUUCUCGGAGAGGAAAAACAACGGUUAAUCAAAUCUGGGGGGAGAGAAAGGCUGUUUUAGCUGGUGAUUUUAUCCUUUCAGCAGCUUCUGUCGCUUUAGCAAGAAUUGGAAACACUACUAUUAUCUCAGUAUUAAGUCAGGUGAUUGAAGAUUUGGUGCGUGGUGAAUUCCUUCAGUUGGGCUCCAAAGAAAAUGAAAAUGAGAGAUUUGCUCACUACCUCGAGAAGACCUUUAAGAAGACUGCAAGUCUUAUAGCAAACAGUUGUAAAGCAGUUUCCAUACUAGGCUGCCCUGAUCCAAAAGUUCACGAGAUUGCAUACCAGUAUGGAAAAAAUGUUGGCAUAGCUUUUCAGCUAAUAGAUGAUGUGCUAGAUUUUACAUCAUGUGCUGACCAGCUGGGGAAACCAACAGCAGCAGAUCUCAAGCUUGGAUUGGCCACAGGCCCUGUUUUAUUUGCUUGCCAACAGUUUCCAGAAAUGAAUGCUAUGAUCAUGAGGAGAUUCAGUUUGCCAGGUGAUGUUGAACGUGCUCGGCAAUAUGUACUUCAGAGUGAUGGUGUACAGCAAACAACCUACCUCGCCCAACGUUAUUGUCAUGAAGCAUUGAAAGAGAUAAGUAAACUGCGGCCAUCCCCUGAAAGAGAUGCCCUCAUUCAGCUCACAGAAGUUGUACUCACCCGGGACAAGUGACAUACUUUCUUCUCCUCAUUCUGGCAGCUACUUACCAGACUGUGCCUACAAAACUACACUUCAAAACAUUGUGGUUUGCUUCCAGUGCUGGUUACCAAAAAUUAUUUUUUUAAAAAUAUUUUCUGAAGUUAAAGUACUUUAAGUUUAUGAAGAUGUGAGGGAAGCCAUAUAACUAUGAAACAAAUCCAUUAAAUUGUACUAAUUGUGUUUUAAUAAGGGCGUUUGUUGUGAGAAGUAUUGUUUGCACUUAAUAUUGAUGUACCAGGCCACAAUGAGAAUAAAUAUGAUCAGUUACAUUUAA